GGUUGGGUGACUUCCUAUCCUACUGACGACUAGCGCCUAACUUGUCUGUAGCGCUACGAUAUGGUUGUGUCAGCAUUAUAUAUUUUAGACAACAAAGGGAAAGUGCUCAUUCAUAGGAAUUAUCGUGGUGAUGUCGAAACUAGUGCCAUUGAAAAGUUUAUGCCUGUUGCAAUGGAGCGUGAAGAGGAAGGCAGUCUUAUUCCAGUUUUACAAUUAGGGGAAAUAACAUUCACUUAUGUUAAAUAUAACUACUUGUAUUUGGUAUGCUUAACUCGCAAAAACGCCAAUGUAGCAAUGGUUCUUGCUUUUCUGUAUAAACUCGUCAGUAUAUUUCUUGAGUAUUUUGGGGAAUUCGAAGAAGAGAGUAUUCGUGAUAACUUUGUUAUCACAUACGAACUGUUAGAUGAAAUUAUGGACUUUGGUUAUCCACAAACAACUGACACAAAAAUCCUUCAGGAAUAUAUUACACAAGAGAGCCACAAACUAGAGGUGGCUCCACGUCCUCCAGUUGCUGUUACAAAUGCUGUAUCCUGGCGCUCAGAAAAUGUAAAGUAUCGGAAAAACGAAGUUUUCUUGGAUGUUGUUGAGUCUGUGAAUCUAUUAGUGAGCUCCACCGGCAACGUUUUGCGCAGCGAGAUUGUAGGGAGCAUAAAACUUCGUGUUUAUCUCUCUGGAAUGCCUGAGCUCCGCUUGGGAGUGAAUGAUAAAGUCAGAUUUGAAAACAUCGGACGCGAUAAAGGCAAAGCUGUAGAACUGGAAGAUGUGAAAUUCCAUCAAUGUGUUAGGCUGUCAAGAUUUGAAAAUGAUCGAACAAUCUCUUUUAUCCCUCCAGAUGGUGAAUUUGAACUUAUGUCUUACAGGCUCAACACCCAUGUUAAACCUCUGAUCUGGGUAGAAGCAAUAAUUGAGAAACAUGCACAUAGUCGUAUGGAGUAUAUGGUGAAGGCUAAAGCACAAUUCAAACGUCGAAGUACAGCGAAUCAAGUUGAAAUUCAUGUUCCAGUUCCAUCGGAUGUUGACUCACCAAGAUUUAAAACAACAAUGGGUAAUGCGAAGUAUGUUCCAGAGACAAAUGUUGUUGUUUGGACAAUACGCAGCUUUCCAGGUGGCAAAGAAUACAUAUUAAGAGCCAGUUUUGGUUUGCCUUCUGUGGAAGGGGGUCAAGAUGUGGAGUCUAGACCGCCAAUAACUGUGAAAUUCGAAAUACCAUAUUUCACUGUAUCUGGUUUACAGGUUCAUCACUUAAAAAUUAUUGAAAAAUCUGGUUAUCACGCACUCCCAUGGGUACGUUAUAUUACACAAAACGGUGAUUAUCAAUUACGUACUUUAUAAAGCAUGAACACAACAAUCAACAUGAAGACACAAUAUUAUUUUGUAUCAUUUCUAAUUCUUUUUCUCUGUUUCUCUUAAAUCUCUCUCUUUAACCACAACUACUUCUGGUUAUUUGAGUAGUAAAAUUAUCGUUUUAUCAAUUUUUCUUUCUGUUUUAAUAUGUGAGAUCUACUUUCAUCUCAUUUUAACUUUUUACUUCAUUCGUUCCAUUUUCAACAAGUUUAUCUUGAGUGGUGACGACAACAACAACAACAAACGAUACAUCUGUCCAUCUUGUAUAAUUUUACAAAUAAUCUUACUAUUUUGAAAUUCAAUCGGUUAAACCAUUAUUUACCAUAUGGCUGUGAAUAACCUCUUAUGUACUACUACUCUAAGACUACAACUAUCCCCGCAUUUUUUAUGAAACAUGUUUAUAUACAUGAUAAUAUUGUUAUUACAUUCUUAUCAGUUUCUAUAUUUGGAUUAUGAUUUAAACGGGGAAAAUUUGUCACAGCUUUUAAUAUAUGCACCUAUCCGUUUUUUGUUCUAGUUAUUUAUCUGGUUUCUUUUUGAGAAUGAGGGUGGGGCGGUGAAAGGCGUUUAAUGUGAGGUUGAUAUAUGUCGCUUUAUUAUUGGUGUAUAUUAUGGACUUCCUUUUUUGAAUACUUAUACUAUUUAAUAUAUUUUUUGGUUAUUUUAAAUCAUUACAUUGGUUGCUGUAUGUCCAUCACUCUUCAUGUGUGUAUGAUUAGCAGAGAUGUUUCCACUGAGCUACACCGACCAUGACGGAGAUGUACCUACAAUUGAUUGAUUAUUCAAUCGUAGCCAGAGCCACUUAUGUCAAGUUCUAAUAGUGUUGGUCG